AUGGACACUCUUUGUUUAUACCUUCCUCUCGUAUUUGUUUUGUACAUCAUCACCAAACACUUCUUCAACAAACUCAGGAAUCUUCCACCGAGUCCCAUUCUCAAUCUACCCAUUAUUGGCCAUCUCUAUCUUCUGAAGAAACCCAUUUACAGAUCUUUAGCCAAGAUCUCUGACAGUUAUGGCCCAAUACUUUUGCUGCAAUUUGGCUCCCGCCGUGUCUUGGUAGUGUCCUCCCCUUCAGCCGCCGAGGAUUGCCUCAGUAAAAACGAUAUUGUUUUUGCCAACCGGCCCCGUUUGAUUGCCGGAAAACAUAUCGGAAGUAAUUACACAACCGUGGGAUGGGCACCUUAUGGAGACCACUGGAGAAACCUCCGUAGAAUAUCUUCUAUCGAAUUGCUAUCCAAUCACAGACUCCAAAUGCUUCAACAUAUUCGUGUGGAUGAAGUCAACGUCAUGUUGAAAAGGCUGUAUCGCGCUUCGGAAGCGCAUCAGACGGUUGACGCGAAAACUGCGUUCUUUGAGUUGACAAUGAAUGUGAUGAUGAGAAUGAUAGCUGGAAAAAGGUAUUAUGGUGAAAACGUGGAGGAUAUUGAGGCGGCGAACCUGUUCAGGGAGAUUGUGGUCGAGAGUUUUCAUACUGCUGGCACAUGGCAUAUGGCCGAUUAUCUACCGGUAUUGCGGUGGUUGGGAGACGUGGGAGGAGUUGAGAAGAGAUUAAUGAAGUUGCAGGAAAAGAGAGAGAAGUUCAUGCAGGAACUGGUUGAAGAAUGGAAAAGAAGAAUGGGGAGUAGCGCUGCCACUUGCGGCGCCCUUGGGGAUUCAGACGCGGGUGGGAAAAAGAGAACGAUGAUUGAAGUGCUGCUGACGCUGCAGGAUGAAGAACCUGAAUUUUAUACAGAUAGUAUUAUCAGAAACCUUACGCUGGCUUUGUUGGUGGCAGGGACAGAUACAUCAGCUGGAACAAUGGAGUGGGCUUUAUCUCUUUUACUGAACAAUCCACGAGUCUUAAAGAAAGCACAAAAUGAAAUUGAUAAUCAUAUUGGACGUGAACGGUUAAUGGACGAAUCAGACCUAGUUGAUCUUCCUUACCUACGUUGCAUUGUAAAUGAAACAAUGCGAAUGUAUCCUACAGCCCCUAUGCUAGUACCUCACGAGUCCUCAGGCCGGAGCACUGUCGGAGGAUAUCACAUACCAAGAGGCACCAUCUUGUUAGUAAACGCGUGGAGUAUACAAAAUGAUCCUAAAAUUUGGGAAGAUCCCAGAAAAUUCAACCCGGAAAGAUUUGAAGGCCAUGAAAGAACAGCUGAUGGAUUGAAGUUGAUGCCAUUUGGUUUCGGGAGGAGGAGAUGUCCUGGGGAGGGCUUGGCCUUGCGUAUUGUCCCACUUGUCUUAGGAUCAAUCAUCCAAUGCUUUGAUUGGGAAAGAGUUGGCAAGGAAAUGGUUGACAUGACUGAAGGAUUUGGACUAACCACACCCAAAGCUCAACCUUUAAUGGCUAAAUGCAACCCUCGUCCUAUUGCAGCUAAGCUUCUUUUUCCUUAA